AAUGUUGUAUACUACGCUCGAUUGUGACGUGACAAUGAAUGAACAGUAAAAGAUAGUCUCUGGGCCGCAGGCUCCAUCAAAAAGUCGUAUCGUGUGCAAUAUGUGUAGUACAUAAUAGUGGUCGAACAAACAGUGUAUAUAUUUGCACUGCGAGUGGUUUGGCCAACUCGAGUAAUUUUUUCUCCGAACUUUAAAACCCUUUAUCAAUCAGUCGGAGUCAUGCAUUUUCUGUGAACUUCAUUUAUCCUUAAUUUGUCAUCUCCUUAACUAAAAAAUCCUUCGAAUCUCUUAGGGUCAUUAAGACAAUUUUUUCAUCAAAAUGAACGUUUCCGAGAUUAUCAAAGUUCCCAAGGUUGACAAUGUUUUGAUGUUAGAUAAAUUUGGUGUCAAACCAACUUUAGGUACAUUUUACUUGACAGAAACGCAUUUUAUAUUCAUGGAACCUAGUGGAAAGAAAAAAAUUUGGGUUCUAAAUACACACAUUGCAAGUGUUGAAAAGCAACCUCUAUCAACAAGUGGAUCUCCGUUGCAUAUAAAAUGUAAAAACUUUUUUGUUGUUACAUUUAUUAUUCCUAGAGAACGAGACUGUCAUGAAGUAUUUUUGGUACUUUCAAAAUUAUCAUCACCAUUAAGAAUUGAUGACAUUUACUGUUUCGACUAUAAAGGCAAUAAUGAAGGUCUGUCCCAAGAAUUUGGUUGGCAUUUUUUUAGUACGCAAGAUGAAUUUCUUAGACAAGGUGUUCCUAAUGAAGAGUGGUCUUUGUCUUACCUCAAUGUUAAUUAUGAACUCUGUGAAACAUAUCCAAAAUAUUUAUAUGUUCCUAGUUCUUGUAGUAACACUAUUCUAUCAGGUAGUGCUAAAUUUCGGAGUAAAGGAAGGCUCCCUGUUUUGACUUAUUUGUAUAAUAAUAAGGCCUCCAUUUGUAGAUGUAGUCAGCCUUUAUCUGGAUUUAAUGCUCGCUGCUGUAUGGACGAACAAAUGAUGUGUAAUUUACUUGGUACAAACCCUAAAGCCAAAUAUCUUUAUGUUGUAGAUACAAGACCAAGAAUAAAUGCAAUGGCAAAUCGAGCUGCAGGAAAGGGCUAUGAAAACGAAAACUUUUAUGAGAAUAUUAAAUUUCAAUUUUUUGGAAUUGAAAAUAUACAUGUCAUGAGAUCAAGUUUGUCAAAGUUAAUAGAAUUACAAAAGUGCACAUCGAUGAGCACUUUUUUAAAUGGACUUGAAAGUAGUGGAUGGUUAAAACACAUCCGGGCCAUUUUAGAAACUUCAUGGUUUAUAGCACGAAAUGUAAUAAAUGGCAUCAGUGUAGUUGUACAUUGCAGUGAUGGAUGGGACAGAACUGCGCAAGUUUGCUCAUUAGCUGCUCUGAUGUUAGAUCCUUUUUAUAGAACUAUUCAUGGUUUCCAAGUAUUAAUAGAAAAAGAUUGGCUAUCUUUUGGGCAUAAGUUUAGUGAUCGCUGUGGUUUUACUACUGGUGAUAACAAAGAGCUAGCCCCAGUGUUUACUCAAUUUAUUGAUGCAACUUAUCAGCUUUUUAAGCAAUUCCCGUACAUGUUUCAGUUUAAUGAGCAUUAUUUAAUAACACUGCAUGAUCAUGUGCAUAGCUGUCAGUACGGAACAUUUAUUGGUAAUUGUGAAAAAGACAGACAAACAUGGAAACUUUCAGAAAGAACAUAUUCACUUUGGGGUCAUAUAACUCAACACAUUCAUGAAUACAUAAAUCCGUUAUAUUCAAGUAAUCAAUUGAAAGAAGAAGCUAGUCAUAUACUUAAACCAAAAUUAUUUCCUCAAAAUAUAGUAUUAUGGCGAAGCCUUUACUUUAGAUUUGAGAAUGGUGUUCAUCCUAGAGAGUCUGUUGAAGAUGUUUUAACUGUAGCUAGUAACCAUAUUACUUGUUUGGAAGACCAUGUAAAAAGUUUAGUAAAGAAAAUUAAUUCGGUAAAUCAAUUAAAUUCAAUAAAUCAUACAGAAGUAGCAUCAAAUAAAAAUGAAUCCGACAUUGAAAAUGUAAAAAGUAAUCCAGUCGAAGAUAAAAUUAAACAAUUAACAAGUGAUACAAUGAGCAAAAACAAGUUAGACAUCAAGGAACUGGUUACUGAACUCAAUGCAGUGGCCUUAGAAUGGAAAUCAAUCAAAAGUAUAAAUGAUUGUAAAUGUGGAACUACUUUCGAUGCUUUCAAUAAAAAAUAUCAUUGUUGGUGCUGUGGAAAUGUUGUAUGUCAAAGGUGCAUGAUCAUGAAUAGUGUUCAAUCUGGGUAUUCAAACCAAAAAAUGAUUCCAACUUGUAAAUUUUGUUCUCCAGAAUCAGCACCAAACACACCUUUAUCUCCAAAAAUUUAAUAAAGAAAUGAUAGACGUUAUAUUAAAAUUGA